CGUGCGGAGGGCAGUCAGGUAACCGGCUAGCGGACGACACAGCGGACAACCUUGGGGGGAAAAAACAAAAACAAAACAUUUCCUUUGUUUUUAAACGUUCCCAUUAGAAGUGAACAAUACCUGUCUUUUGGCUGACUGACGUACACGGCUAAAACUGGAAAGAGGAAUUAACUUUUUUUGUUUUUGUUUUUUUUUGCGGGGGGGGGGUCUCCGCCACCUGCGAAGGUAGCAAUAACGGAUUUACUGAAAACGUAGGAUAUAUCCGUGGUGGAGCUGAGCGUAUAUUUCAGGCUGUUUUCAAAGGAAAAGGCGAUUAAACAAAACUACCGUAGUUUUUUUUUUCCGCCCAUUUUCUCACGUUUGUAUUUUGGUGUCGGCUUCACCCGCGGAGGAGACAGGAAAAAAGAAAGGAGGACGGAUAGAAGAAAAGAAGUAAGGAAAGAAGGAGAGAAAGAAGGAAAUAUUGAGCACUAACCACUUCUGCCCAUUGCCUCAUACAAAAUGUAUGCUGAAAAGACACUGACGAAAGGAAAGAUGGGAAGCAAAGGAAUCUCUUUGACCUGUGUGCUGACCCCAUGUCGUGUGCUUGGAGUGUGUGUGACGCUGAUGACCCUGGGAGCUAUUGGAGCAGCAGUCUGGGCCGUAGUUACUUACUGCACCAUGGAGGAAGACACGGGAUUGUAUGAUGUCCAGCUCAACUUUGCUGAUGAGCGUUUCCAAGUCUUUGACUCUACGCAAAGGAGGUGGCGCCAGGUUUGCUCCUCUUCAGCCAAUGAACUGCUAGCUAGCAUCAGCUGUGAGGAAAUGGGCUUUGUCAGCGUGGUGAACUACUCCGUGGCAUCGGUCGCAGAGGCCAAUAGCGACGGAGGAGAAUUCUUCUGCGUCAAACAAGAAGAGCUCAGUUAUGGCAAGAAAAUCAAAGACUCGUUGUUUCCAUGUGACUGUGAGAGCAGGGAGGUGCUCACACUGUUGUGCCAAGAUUGUGGUAGGCGUAGUCUGACCGAGGACCGUAUAGUUGGUGGUGUGGAUGCCAGGCAGGGUAGCUGGCCUUGGCAGGUCAGCUUACAGUACGAUGGGGUUCAUCAAUGUGGAGGAUCGAUCAUCUCAAAUCGCUGGAUUGUCUCCGCAGCACACUGUUUCCCUGGGCGGUACCGCGAUGUAACGAGAUGGCGAGUGCUAAUGGGUUCCGUCUAUAAUAAACUGGUCAACGCCAAAGUAGCAGAGGUGAAGACCAUUGUCUACCACAGCAGCUACCUGCCCUUCGUAGACGCCAACAUCGAUGACAACAGCAGAGACAUCGCCGUAUUGGCCCUCUCUCAACCUCUCCUUUUCACCGAAUACAUCCAGCCUGUUUGCCUGCCAGCAUAUGGUCAGAGACUAAUAGAUGGACAGAUGGGAACAAUAACAGGCUGGGGAAAUGUGGGCUACUACGGUCAUUUGGCAGAUGUUCUCCAGGAAGCAACUGUCCCCAUCAUCAGUGAUGCUGUCUGCAACGCCCCCGAUUACUAUGACAACCAGAUAACCACCAGUAUGUUCUGUGCUGGCUUUGAGAAGGGAGGCAUAGAUGCUUGCCAGGGAGACAGCGGCGGCCCCUUUGUGGCAGAGGACUGCCUCUCAAAGACCAGCCGGUAUCGUCUGUUGGGCGUGGUCAGCUGGGGGACAGGAUGUGCAAUGGCAAAGAAACCUGGCGUCUACACCAGAGUGUCCCGCUUCCUCCCCUGGAUAUCUACCGCCAUGCGGAACUAUCACAACUCACAGGGGGUUCACAAGAUGGCUCGAACAUGAGAGGAAGAGAUUUCUACGUCUGUUUUUUUAAUAUUUCUACUCAUGGAGGACUAACCAACAGUGUGAAGGGACUCGGCAGCAGUCUGCAGACGGUUGAUUUGAUGGGGGAUGAAAGAGGAGCGCAUCCCCUUUCACAUCGCUGUUCCAUGUUUCCCUCGCUACCCACAGAUUCAUAUGAGGAGGUGUGAAAGAAAAACGCGAUUUACCCUGCUAACCAUCAACCUUGUUAAAUUUAUGGAAAUUCACCUAUUGUCCCAUGCUGUCCUCAACUGUUGAGCGGCACAGCGCUCUGAAGAGUCAAAAGUCUUAAAGCUUGUGCAACGUACUAUUCAAUGAGAAUUAUACUAGGAUUUUGAUGAUACAUAACAGUAAGGUGCCAAAGAAAAGGAACUUAUAUUUGCAUCUAUUGAGUUUCUUUAAGCAUGGUGAUGCUGCGAUACGUAAAGGGACAUUUUUUUUUUGGGGGGGGGAGAUAUUUUCCAGCUGCAAACUACUUAGCAGAUAAAACAGAUGUGCCCUUUCUUAUUUAUAUCUGUAUCUGUGUAAUCAGAACAAUUACUUGCUUGCACAUUUUUCUUUGGACAAAUCCUGCAGUUGUUGUGGCAGGAAUACAGCAAAUGGACAUAUUACAGAGUGAGUUUUUACUUAAUUCCCACCAAGACUGAUAUACUAAAUAAGAGUAUAUAAAAAAAAGCACACACUAAAACCCUCUCAAAUAAAUUAACCUUCAAGGAAAUGGAAGCUACAGUGUUGAUGGGAUAAAUGUGGGACACAGACAAAUUACUUUUAAUGAUAAAAGUAUUUUCCUGACAUUUCCAAAAAAACUUAAGAGAAAAGAUUUUCUAGUACUACCAAUUAAAAAUCCAAAACAUUUCCACACGAAUAAUAUGGUGCAGUAUGCAUUUAAUGCAUACGGUUGUAAACUAUUUUUUGGAUAUGAAGUUCUAUUGCCAUGAAGUCGUGCAAAUACUAAAUUUCAUUUUUAAUUCUGUCAACCUUACACAAUGAUUUUCAUAUUACUCUCAAUCACGGGGUGACAUGAAUACUUUGGCAUUCUCUCAGACUUACCAGUGACUUUAAGAGAAAGAAAAACGCCAAACUAUACAAUGCACAAACUCGCCAUUUGCAUGUUCUUUUUGCAUGUGAUGCACAACAGGAAGUGAAUGUUGCUAAACAGACUUCAGAGGUGGAUGGAUUGAAAGGAUAAGAUGUCAGUGUAUAAAAACCAAAUAUGGUUGAUAGCUUUGAUAACAUCCCCUGGUGAGUUUCACUUUAACAUUAAGGAUAAUUCUGUAAGGGUACACUACAUUUCAAUGUUUCGUAUGUAAGCAGUAGGCUACCGUAGACGUUACCGCUACUGCUGAAUACUGAUAAAUGGUCUGUCUUCAAAGGUGUCUAUGGCUUGAUUGUUUGACCAGCGAACUGAUAUUUUUGCUAACAGUUUCGACAUGCAGUGAGAUCAAGCAAGAAAACACCUCCUUGCCGUGUGUUGAGGAUGAGCUGGCGAAGUUAAGACUCAUUUAAAUCAGUAUUUGUUAUGUUUUGUAAAUAUUGGACGCUGUCAUUUUGUUUAUGUAGAUGUUUAUGUUGGAGGUGUGACGGAUCUUUUAAUGAUCCACGAGUAAUGAUGCGGAAGGGCGCAACGACGACCAAAAUCACCUUCUUAUUGAAUCUAAUUUUCACUACGUCACAAGUCAGAAAGAAUCCCACUGUGUUUUUUUGCUGGAUUUUUUAUAUAUAUAUAUAUAUAUAUAUAUAUAUAUAUUUCUGGUUUGUUCUUUCCUUACAGUGAGUGGCAUGAAAUACCCCAUACCCCCUUAAAAAAUAAUGAAUGUAUGUACAUUUCUAUCAGUUAUGAUAUUUACGAGAUGAAACAUUGUCACCGAUUACACCGCUAUUCACUGUAAAGUGUAAAUUGUUGUAUUGAACACUGUAUUGAAAUAAAGCCUUAAUUUAAUGGGUUUUG